CGCCACUCCGCCAGCCCUAUAUUGUCGGGCUAACAGACUCUCUGCUCUUCAUUCAGUCCCAAGACUCCGUGUGAUCUCCUCUUACUGCUAGAAAUGGAAUAGAAAACGCUGACUCGGUUUCCAACCAAACUUUUCUCAGUUUUUUCUGGACAUGAAACCUGGAUUGUAUAAUAAGAAGACGCCGUACUUAUCUGAAAACAGAGACCCCAAGCUAAGAAGUCACGCGGAUUUCCGUAUCACCUUGAAAAUAUAAUUUAUUAGAGUUUUUUUUUUAAGAUUUUUAUCUGUGAACUGAAGGCUUUUGGAUGUGAUUACGCUAAAUCCAAUCAUACACAUAAAGUGCUGAAUUUUCCUGUUUUUAUUUUUGAUGCGCUUAUAAUUUUUGCUGAUAAUGAAAUUCUUUCACAAGUUCGCUAAACUGAAAAACCAUGCUGCCCCAUCAUCUCUUCAGCUGCUAUAAAGCAGAGUCUCGGAGCAGCGGAGCCAUACAAAUCUAAAUAUGAAUAAUCCCUGAACCUGAACACUGAAGAAAGUUUACUGUACGAGAACUGCAAAUCACGGCGUGCCGAGAAGUCUCCUUACACGGUACCUUUUUCAAGGGAUGGUUCUGAAUUCCCAGCGCCCAGGAGCAACAUUGAGGCUCCUACAGAAUACCUUUUUGUUGUCCGGGGAAAAACUGAGAUUAAAUGGAAAUGAAAACCGCAGUUUACAUCUUCGUCGUCUGUGCCUUUUGUCGGCAGUGUGUCACUUCUGAGGACUUACCGCAAGAACUGAUCGAGAAGUUGUCCAACAGCGAAAUCCGCAGCAUCAGCGACCUCCAGCGGCUACUGGAGAUAGACUCCGUAGGAAAUGAGGUCAUCGAGGAGUCCAAGCACAAGUACCACAAAGACCUCUUGUCUGGCUUUUCCAACCUGAAGAGCUCGCAGGUCCACAGCAGGCGGAAGCGGAGCAUCGAGGAGGCGGUGCCGGCAGUCUGCAAGACGCGGACAGUGAUCUAUGAGAUCCCGCGGAGUCAGGUGGAUCCCACCUCUGCCAACUUCCUGAUAUGGCCGCCCUGCGUGGAGGUGAAGCGCUGCACCGGCUGCUGCAACACCAGCAACAUGCGCUGCCACCCAGCCCGCCGGCACCACCGCACCGUCAAGGUGGCUAAGGUGGAGUACGUGAGGAGGAAGCCAAGACUGAAGGAGGUUCUGGUGAGGUUGGAGGACCAUCUGGAGUGCAUGUGCACGCCACAGCACCACGUGCUGGAGCACUCUGAGGCAGAACCAGGCCGCAGUCUGGCUACAGGUAAACAAAGGAAACGCAAAAAGUUAAAGCCAAAAGGAAUUUAUAGGUAUCGUAAUAAAACACACAGUUUGCUAAAGUCCGGAGCGCCUAUAAGUCAAGCAGGUAGGACUUUAGCAUGAGCGGCCAAUAAAACGCUUGCUGGCUCACUGCCAAUCAGGGCACAGAGAGGUCGAUCACAGAAAUGAGCCACCAAUCGAGCUCAGGGAAGCAAAUUCACCAAUCACCAGUCACCAAUCACGGUUGCCGGAGACUUCACGCAGUCACUCUGCUUUCCUCCCCAGUAAAUGUGCAUGUCUGUGCUGCUCUCCUUCAGCUCUCGCUUGUUGGCGUCCCUGCACACCAUCCCCUCUGCGUGUCCCUUCUCCUCUGUCACAUGCCCUGAUGGUCGGGUUUGCUGUGCCUGCUCAUUUGUCCCAUUGUGUCCUCACCUGAAUGCGAGGCCACUGCUUCUGAAUGAUCGCAUGUCGUGCAACAGGCCCUGAACCUCCAGCAGAUGAGAUCUGAGGAUGUAGCCUUUGAUGAAGCUCUCCAAUUGGUCGGGAAAUCCAUGUGACUUGUGGAAUUGUCCAAUGAGUGGCCAUGUCACUGACAUCUUCCCUUCUGCCUGUCCAGCCGACGUGAGGUGAGACGGUGGAUCUUGGGGGCCUUCAGCGUGGGACAGGACGAAGAGAAGGGGCCAUCAACGUGCUUCAGCUACUCCCCCCUCCCUCCCCACCCCAUCUGCCGCCUUUUAAAAGCAGUCAUUUAAGAGACUAAAACAGAAUUCAGAUACCAAAGGUGCUCACUUACCUCAGCUGGUGACAACUUAGUGUGGGUGUCCAUACCCGAUAAACAGAACGCCGAUGAUGAUGGUGAUGAUGAUGGCGAUUACGUCAGCUGUGCUGAACUGGCGACAUCCAGGAUGGAGGACGACCGUUUGCUGUCUUUCAAUGCAGAAGUACACAGCCCAGAAAAUGACUGACACUGUGUAAGGGGACCCAGGUGCAUGAUGGGAAAACUGAAAGGACUCGUUCUGCAAAAAUGCCAGUCAUUGCUGGACCCUUGUCGGGGAAAAAAAUGUGACUGUUAAGAGCGAGGACCAGACUCAUUCUGGAACUUUUCCAAAGAACCUUCCAGAAUCGUGGGAACGUUCUUUAAACUGGCGAUGUUCAAGCUUGAGUUCUGUUUGGAUGUUUUUUUUUUCCAUAAACAAAAACUUCUAUAGUCUGUUUCUUUUAUAGCCUCUUUGUUAUUCAUUGGAUUGUAUGUCAGUAUGGUCUAUGCAUAAAGCAGAUGAGUUCUUUACAAUAAUUGCUACUAAUAAACUAUUUAUACAUUUAA